AUGGGCCCCAUAUCCCACGUGCAUGACACUUCCCAGCCCAUCUUCAUUCUCACGCUGAACCCGAACAACCCAGCCAACACCACCCUCCUCGACGAAUCCGGAAACACAAUCUACACGAUCCGUACCCUUUUCGACGAGAAAGGCGUUCCUACGACGAGCGUGCAUGGUGAGAACGGGAAGCGGGUCGCGGACUGGAGAUGGAGAGAUACGAGGUUGAGCGCACAGAUGUUGAGGUUUGAGGGCGCGGGGAUUGGGGUAGGCAAAAUCCAGACUAUGGACGCGAACGGGAGGGAGACUGUCGGAGGGAAGGGAAGAGUUGCGGCGAGUAGGUGGCUAAGGAAAUGCCUUGUUCCUUUCAAGUCGACUGUCGUAUUCGAGGACCUCCGAGGCGGUGAAUACAAGUGGAAGAACAACGAUCCUGGACUACAUCUCCAGUUAGUCUCCACCCUCGACACCAGCUCCCCCAUCGCGCGCUUUGUCCCACCUACCAUCGACCCCAAGAACACGCCCGUCGCGCUGGCCAAACUCCUGUUGACUGACGAUGCGGAGGACAUAAUGGAUGAAGUGGUCGUGUCGUGGGCGUUGUUGGAGAUCUCGAAGAGGGAGAAGGAGGUCGCAGAUGGGAAUCGUAUCAGCGCGGGGGCGCUAGUUUUAGUCUAA